AUGAAGGUGGUAGUUCUGUGUUUAUGCCUUACCAGCAUCACCGUCGCAUGGCCAGUGAGUAAAUCCAAGCAGCAUGCCAUUUCUGCCAGCUCCGAAGAAAAAUAUGACCCCAGGGGCCAUCACUCACACAGAUAUCACCACCAUGUGAAUUCUCAAUCUUGGGAGAGUCUGCAGCACCCACAGAAUGACCUGGCAUCACCUCAGCAGACUCUUUACUCUUCUGAAGAAAGCGUGGAUGUCCCAGUACAACCGCACUUUCCUGAUGUGUCAAGCAAGAGCCACGAAGAUGUGGAUGAUGAUGACGAUGAUAAUGAUUCCAAUGACACGGAUGAAUCCGAUGAGGAUGUCACAGGUUUUCCCACAGACAUUCCAGUAACUGUACCCUUCCCUCCUUUCCCUUUCACCCGGGGAGACAAUGCUGGCAGAGGCGACAGCGUGGCCUACAGGGCGAGGGCAAAAGCCGUAGCGGUGAAGUCUAGCAAACUCCGCAAAGCUGCAAAAAAGCUCAUUGUGUAUGAUGCCACUGAGGAGGAUGAGAGCACCUUGGAUACAGACAGCCAGCAAGCAGGGCUCUCCCAGGAGGAUCCUGCUGCCCUGCACUCCCUGAGGAAGCAUGCCGUCAGUGGGGAAUGGGCUGACAAGAGCCACAGGCAGGACAGCAGCGAGCUGGACAGCAAGCAGCGUGACCGGAGCACGGAAAACGACAGCCGGCAGAAGUUCGAUAGCCAUGAGGCCGAAGGAGAUGAUAGCAAGGCUGUCGUCAGAAGGGAGAGGCACCAGAGCGUGGAAAGCAGGGAGAGCCAGGUCCGCAUUUCAGCUGAGAUCCCUGACGAAAACAGCAAUCAAACGUUGGAGAGCGCUGAGGAUGCUCGAGAUCGUCACAGCAUCGAAAAUAAUGAAGUCACCCUUUAA